GAAAAGAGUCGAUACAGAACCCAUUGUGGUGUUGGAGAGGAGUGAGCCGCUUCAUGAGAGAAGAAGAAAAGAGGCAAUUCUGUGACCACAAAGGGACCUCUGAUAAGCGGGCAGAUAUGGACGUUAAUGCACAGCACAGACGCGGUUGUCCUUUGUGAAGAGGACCGCGUCGUCCGGUCGGAAAGAUCCGGUAUAUGAAGAGUUAAGACUCGACAUCCCAACUGUUUAUUUCAGCAGCUAGCAGGCUAACUGGCUAAAUACCUAGGAGCUAGAAAUUGGAAGCCCUUGUGAGUUUGCUUUAUAGAGAUCUCCGUCGAUCUUUGCGAAGGCUGUUAUUGUCGGUUACCGUCUGUAGUUAUUCUCGGCGGUGACUUCAAGUAUCCGCCGACCACCUCGUAAGUAGCCGCAACUUUAAAGAAUGAUUUCAACUGAGCGCUAAGCAUUACACUACCACACAACCGGAGAGGAAAGGCAUACAGGCCUGCUGGCUCGAAGUUGCACAGAAACGCCAAGAAGGGAGAACAUGACUCACUGGCCUCUGCCAGAGACUGGCACGGGGCAGCUGUGCCAACCUCGCCCCUGCCUGCUGCUCUAGAAGCUACCCAGUACAUCAUGACGGAGAGGCAUUGAGGUCAGCUCCCUGACGAUCAUCUCAAUACCUCUCCUCCUCCUCCUCCUCCUCCCUAUCCCUCAAGAACCCCCUCCCCGCCCCGGCCUUGUCCCCAUCAUGCUGCGCUUCCUGCCUCUCAAACUUGGCCGCCUGUACCGCUGUCUGAAGCUCUUACUGGUUGUUGGGUUGUUUGUCAUCUUGUUGAUGAACACCCACAGCCUGUUUGCCUCCUUCCAGAAGAAUGAGCUCACCGACAGACGCUUCAUCAACCUCAACAAGUGUCCCGCCUGCUUUGGCACCAGCUGGUGCCGCAAGUUCAUGAACGGCCAGGUUUCCUUUGAAACCUGGGGACGCCUGCGAUUCCUAGACGUUUUCAAUGUCAAGAAUGUUUACUUUGCUCAGUACGGUGAGCCCAGGGAGGGCACCCGUCGCGUAGUGCUGAAACGGCUCGGCUCCAAUCAGGAGCUGGCCGAAAUAGACCAGAAAAUCUGCAAGAGGGCCACAGGCCGGCCGCGCUGUGACCUCAUCCAGGCGAUGUACAAGACUGAAUUUGCCCGGAUCAACGGUGAUGUACGCCUGCUUACUCCAGAGGUGGUGGAGGGCUGGUCAGACCUGGUGCACUGCCCCUCUCAGAGGCUGCUGGACCGCGUGGUCCGCAGGUAUGCAGAGACCAAAGACUCAGGCAGCUUUCUGCUUAAGAACCUCAAAGACACGGAGAGAAUGCAGCUGCUGAUGACCCUGGCAUUCAACCCGGAACCGCUCGUACUACAGAGCUUUCCAUCAGACGAAGGGUGGCCGUUCCCCAAGUACCUGGGAGCGUGUGGGCGCAUGGUAGCUGUCAACUACGUGGGCGAGGAGCUGUGGAGCUUCUACAACGCACCCUGGGAGAAGAGGGUCGACCUGGCACGCCAGCUCAUGGACAUUGCCGAGCAGCUCACCAACAACGACUUUGAGUUUGCCCUCUACCUGCUCGAUGUCAGCUUUGACAACUUUGCCGUCGGCCCGCGGGACGGAAAGGUCAUCGUUGUUGACGCCGAGAAUGUUCUCGUGGCAGACAAAAGGCUGAUCAAGCAGAACAAGCCAGAAAACUACGACGUGUGGUACGAGAGCCGGUUUGAGGACUGCGACAGGGAGGCCUGCUUGUCUUUCUCCAAGGACUCCCUUUGUUCCAGGGUCACAGUGGACCACAACUACUAUGCCGUGUGCCAGAACCUGCUGUCGCGGUACGCUACAUGGCGGGGCACCACCGGGGGCCUCCUCCAUGACCCCCCUGCCCACAUAGCCAAAGAUGGACAACUUGAGACCCUGUUGGAUGAGUGCACCAGACCCAAAAAGCGCUACGGCCGCUUCCAGGCGGCCAAGGAACUGCGUGAAUACCUCACACAGCUAGCUGCCGCUUCCUCCUCUGCUUCGGCCAGGUAAUGAAUGGAGCCGGCGUUAGCCUGACACACACUGAGAGACUGGAUCCCGUACUCUUAUCUCUGGACUCUUGAGAUCCUGGUUCUUGUACAUGAUGUCAUUCGCUCCCCUUUGUGCACUGGAGCAGGAAGGUGUUAAGAGGUCUUGCAUCAGGAAGUGUAAAAAUCAAAACUUCAAAGCAGAUUUGUUAAAGCUCUAGCUUUUACCUGACAUCGCUUUUGUGUGAAAGAGCAGUGGGGCUCUAAGAGAUUCUGGUUAGGACCAGGAUAGAGAGGGGAUAGAGGCAACCUCUCCUCUCCCCGGGGGGCUGCCAUCCU